AGAUAGUGUGUAAAUUGUGGAGAUUCGGGAGUAAGGAUUAAAGACAAUGAGAAAACACUGCUUCUUCUCUUCUGGCAUUCAAAUUGCUGCAUUACUUUAAUACAUAAACAAUUCCUCCUUUUUCCCACACUCCACUUUUUCAAACCCCAUCUUCCUUCCAUUCCUUCUCCAGCUAUCAUACUCUCUCCCUCUCCUCAUAGAUUGCACAAUACACCCACACCCACACCCACACACACAAAAUACGAUAUAUAUAAUUAAUAUAGUUGAGCCCUCUUGAUUCUAAGUAGUGCAGCAGAUCAACAUGGGGAGAGCUCCUUGUUGCGACAAAGCCAAUGUAAAGAAAGGGCCGUGGUCGCCUGAAGAGGACGCCACCCUCAAGUCCUACAUUGAGAAACACGGCACCGGUGGUAACUGGAUUGCCUUACCUCAGAAAAUAGGUCUUAAGAGAUGUGGAAAGAGUUGCAGGCUUAGAUGGCUGAAUUAUCUGAGGCCCAACAUCAAGCAUGGUGGCUUUACUGAAGAUGAAGACAACUUGAUCUGCAGCCUCUAUAUAAGUAUAGGAAGCAGAUGGUCUAUCAUUGCUGCUCAACUACCUGGAAGAACCGAUAACGACAUAAAGAACUACUGGAAUACAAGGCUGAAGAAGAAGCUUUUAGGCAAGCAGCGCAGAGAAUUCACACAGGCUCUACGCAACAGCCGGCAAUUGGAGAACAGCAAAGCAUGUGAAACCAGCUACUCAAUCAAUGGCUGUUUCAGCCUAUACCGUCAGUCACCACAGCCGGUUGCGCUGCCCUUGCUGGUGGAAUCUUCUGCGAGUCAGGAAAAUCAGGCCUCAAAUUCCUCCCUCCCCCAUAUGUUCCAGCCUGAAGAAAAAUUAUCUUACAAUCAUGAUCAUACACAACCAAACAACCUGGAGCAAAACUUUGGAACUUUUCACUGCAUGUCUGAUGUUUCUUGUGCUCAAAACCAUGAACAGCUCUGCGAGAACAUGACAUGCUCAAGCUUCCCGAAUAGCUCUUGCUCACAACUGGGAAGUGAUCUUAAUACCAAUUUUCCAGCAUUUGGUGGCAUCCCAGAAGAGAUAAUGUAUAGUAUGCCACAACAAUUAGAUGGACUAGACGGUUUCUCUGCGGUGGACGUGGUCAAUUGCAGCAGUAUUAGUUCAUCAGUUUCAGAAAACUUGGGAGACACAAGUUCUAUAAUUUACGCUUCAGCUCUCACUCUCACCAAUUAUGGAGUUUGCCAUCAGAAAGUGGCACAAGAGUGGACGUAUUUGGAUGAGGCUAGGUUACUAGGAUACUCGUAAUGACAGCGUUCUUGUUACAUCAAAUUUCUUGGCUUAGUUGCAGGGAACUCAGUGUUCUAGUCCAGGUGUACUUUUUUGGUUGAACAGGGAAUUUCUUUUUUUUUUUUUUUGUUGUUGUACUAUCACUUUCAUCAACUGAGAUGCUUUAUUUCUGAACCAAAUAUAGUAUAUUAAUAAGGUCAUA